UAGGAUGUGAGGAAAUACGGUGUUGCAUCCUCCCUGUUCCCUCCCUCCUGUUCCCAGGGAUGCUGCUAAACUGAGAAGUACAGUUUUUUGAGCUCCAGUCCCCGAGUCCCCUUUUCUCUUCUCGGUUUGGGGAGUGUCAGAGGCUGCUGGUCCUUCUGUCAGCAGGAUGAUGAAGAAGGGGUCCAGGAAGCAGGAUGUCCACUUGCUACUUGAUCUGGAGCAAGGACCAGCCCAUCUCUCUAGGGGAGCUCUACAGAAUGGGGUACACCGCACUGCUGCCAAAGAGUGGCAGCAAGAGGAGGAGGAUGACCCCAUCUGCAGCCCCUAUUCCCGGACCCCCUCUCCAGACUCCAGGGGCAACUAUUUCCGAGAUCGGAAGACCAAGAUCGACUUUGUGCUUGUGUGGGAGGAGAAGCUGUGGCUCCCCGGGAGGGGGGCCCUGGUGGGGCUCACCAGGACUGAACGGCAGAGGCUCCAGCAUCACAGAUGGCGGCAGAAGUUCCAGAGAAAUCUGCAGGCAGCGGGGCUGCUCCUGGAGGAGGAGGAGACCCCCGGGGAGCAGAGGGCAGUGCACUACCUGAAGCUGAGCGCCCCCUGGGAGGUGCUGAUUUACUACGCCGAGGACCUGUGCAUGCGGGCACCGCUCCAGGUCCAGCCCAAUCCGGACACCAACGGAUCAGCCGAGAUCCUGCGUCAGCUCCGCCUCCCCAAUCCCCUGCAACAGCACGUACCCAACAAGCCCCUGGAUUUCUACACCUGUGCCUUCCGCAAGUCCAAGCUCGGCAAGUUUCUAGGCAGUGACUCUCCAGAUUCCUACUUCUCCAGCACCCAGAGACACCGUGUGGUGGCAGAGAUCCUAGCACGCACAGUGUACGGGAAGCGGAAACACGCCGAGAUGGGCAUUGCCCGCCUGCUGGCUGAGGGGGCCUACGCUGCUGCCUUCCCACUGCACGAGGGCCCCUUUGAGCUUCCUGGCUAUCAUGUACCUGGAGCAGACUUGAACCCUCGACAGUUGCUGUUUGCCUACUGGGCACGCUGGUGCUGUUGGCACAAAUACCAGCCUCUAGACCAUGUGCGCGAGUAUUUUGGGGAGAAGGUGGCUAUCUACUUUGCCUGGCUGGGCUUCUACACUGCCUGGCUGCUGCCCGCUGCCAUCGUGGGCACCUUGGUUUUCCUCUCAGGUCUUCUCACUAUGGGCACCAAUACCCCUGCGGAAGAGAUCUGCAGCAGUGGGGGCACCUUUGUCAUGUGUCCACUCUGUGCUACCUGUGCCACCUGGAACAUUUCGGAGAUCUGCCCCAUGGCCAAGCUGGGCUACCUCUUUGACAAUCCAGGGACUGUCUUCUUCAGCAUCUUCAUGUCUUUCUGGGCCAUGGCCUUCCUGGAGCACUGGAGGAGGAAGAACGCCACACUGGCCCAUCACUGGGACUGCUCAGACUUUCAGGAGGAGGAGGAACGUCCCCGCCCAGAGUUUGCAGCGAUGGCACCUCAAAUGGCUCAGAACCCUGUGACUGGGCUAAAGGAGCCUUAUUUCCCCCCAAAAGCCCGCCUCUCCCGGAUGGUCACUGGAUCCAUGGCCAUUCUCAUCAUGCUGUGUGUGGUGAUGAUCUUCCUGGUAUCCGUCAUCAUGUACCGAGGCAUUGUCAGUAUUGUGAUGUUCCAUACGGGCAACCCUGUGCUCAUGACCCAGGCUGGCAACAUUGCCAACAUCAGCAGUACCUUCCUCAACCUUGUGUUGAUUCUCCUGAUGGGAAAGGUGUACACCUCGCUAGCGGAGCAGCUCACCAGAUGGGAGAUGCACCGGACCCAGACCCUUCAUGAAGAUGCUUUCACUUUUAAAGUCUUCAUCUUCCAGUUUGUCAAUUUCUACUCCUCCCCCUUCUACGUGGCCUUCUUCAAAGGCAGAUUUGUGGGCUAUCCUGGACAAUAUGGCACCCUGCUGGGCAUGAGAAAUGAGGACUGUGGACCUGGUGGCUGCCUCAUUGAAUUAGCUCAACAAUUGUUUAUCAUCAUGGUGGGCAAACAGCUGGCCAACAAUGUGGAGGAAUUUGUCUUGCCGAAGAUCAAAGCCUGGUGGCAGAAGCGACAAUUGGCAGGGCUGUGGGGAGCCCAAAUGGGGCAUGAUCCCCGCCGCUGGGAAGAUGACUAUGAACUCAUUGAGUGUGAAGGACUAUUUGAGGAAUACCUAGAGAUGGUGCUGCAGUUCGGUUUCAUCACCAUCUUUGUGGCUGCCUUCCCCCUGGCACCUCUCUUCGCACUUCUGAACAACUGGGUGGAGAUCCGCUUAGAUGCCCACAAGUUUGUGUGUGAGUAUCGGCGGCCCGUGGCCGAGCGGGCGCAGGGCAUCGGCGUCUGGCUGCUCAUCCUGGAGACCAUGGCCCAUCUCUCAGUCAUUGUCAAUGCCUUUCUCAUUGCCUUCACCUCGGACUUCCUGCCCCGUCUCCUGUACCAGUAUGAGUACCAUAGUCAUCUGCAGGGUUAUGUCAACUUCACCCUGGCUCAGGCACCCCGCACCUACCUGGCCCACGGCAACCACACUCCCUGCAGAUACAAGGCCUUCCGGGAUGAAACGGGGGACUUUACCCUCUUCUACUGGAAACUGCUGGCUGUGAGAUUGGGUUUCAUCCUGGCUUUUGAGCACGUCGUCUUUUUCUUCCUUCGGCUCAUCGCCUGGCUGGUGCCUGACGUGCCCGCAGACCUCGCGCUGCAGGUGAAACGAGAGCGUUACCUGGCCAAGCAGGCGCUGGCUGAUAACCAGGAUGCCCUGUUCUCGCAGGGCACCUGUCCCCUCAGCCCCCGUAAGAGGGUGCACUGAGAGCGAGGAAGCCAUGUUCCAGGAGGGCAUCGAAUGCACCGGCCUCGGGAGGAGACCUCAGAAACUGUGGAAGGGGCUAAAAGAAGUCUCUGCUGCCGUAUUUCCUCAUCCCCUAAACCCUCUCCUGACCUUUGUAUCUAAUCUUUUUAUUUCCCCACCCAAGCACGAGGAGAUGGAUAGUAGUUUGUUGAAUGAAUAAGUGAUUGAAUGAAUGCAUGACCAAGUAAAAGGAUGAAUGGAUAGCCUGUGUCCCAAUGGCUUCCAAUGCCCAGAACUGCUGAAUUUCCAGAGUUGGGGGUUAUGUUGACCCCUCUAUCUCCCCUUCCCCCUUUCUGGGUCCUGAAGAGAAGCCCGUGGCUGCCCUUAAGCCCAUCAGCCCAGCAUGCCCUUUGUCCUCCCCUGGCAUGGGCCACUCUGUACAGAAUUACCAAUAAAUAGCAACUGUGAGCUGGA